GACUAUAUUCAGAUAUGCGUGAAGCAGCCUGCCUCUCGCUCGGCUUGAGAGAACGAGAAAGGAUCACACCAUAAUAGCUGAGCACAACUAGCCCUGAAGCUAGUCUCGAAGCUUCACUUCUGGUACUCAUGGAGUUUUGCCAGCGGUUUUAAAAAAGAGAACCAUUAACUAAACAAUGUUGUGACUUAAGGUAGCUUUCUCAUCUAAGUGAGACUGUGGAAAGUCUGUUUCUGUGACAAUAGGCCAGUGAGCAGCAGGAAGAAGAUGUUGCUGUGCUCUCCUUACUGAAAAGUCUCCAGACACACAAAGGCAGAUCCCUGGUUUUUAGUAUUAUUCCACUUGGAUGAAACAGACUCAGCACAGGUCUAGAUGAAGACAGAUUGAAAGACCAGAGAGGUGCGGAACCCGAUACGUGACGUGGAACAGAAGGUGAUCGCUGUUAUCUGUAGGUGAUCGUGUGGACUGGCUCCCUCCUACUCUGAAACACAGGAUGAACACCAGCUCCAGCUCAUUACAGAGUCAGGAUGAACACCAGCUCCAGCUCAUCCCAGAGUCUCCACAUGCCUGCACUGUCAACGAUCACAUGCUGCCCUUUGUCGUCUUGUAUGGCUUCAUCUUCCUGACGGGCCUGGCGGGCAGCCUGCUGGCGCUGUGGGCCUUUGUCCGUAGCCACAACGCCAAGAAGUGCAUGAACGUCUACCUGCUCAACCUUCUGAUCUCUGACUUCCUGCUCACACUGGCCCUACCCUUCAAGAUAGCGGUCGACCUGGAAGUGGCUCCCUGGCGCCUCAAGAUCUUCCACUGCCAGGUUUCUGCCGUGCUCAUCUACAUAAACAUGUACGCCUCCAUCAUCUUCCUCGCCUUCGUCAGCGCCGACCGCUACCUGCAGAUUACCCAGAGUUCCCGGCUCUACCGCAUCCAGGAGGUGGGCUUUGCCAGGAUGAUGUCGGCCGUGGUGUGGGCGCUGGUGCUCUUUAUCAUGGUGCCCAACAUGGCCAUCCCCAUCCAGGACAUCAGGGAGAAGCCGCUGGUCACCUGCGCCGAGUUCAAGCAGGAGCUGGGGCUGCACUGGCACAUGCUCACCAACUUCCUGUGCAUGGCCAUCUUCCUGAACACCUCGGCCGCCGUGCUCAUCUCCAACGGCUUCGUGCUGAAGCGCCUGUGGGGCAGCCGCAGCGGCAGCCCAGAGGAGCAGACCAGCAUUCGCCAGGCCACCCGCAACAUCGCCAUGGUGACGCUCGCCUACAUGGUCUGCUUUGUGCCGUACCACGGGGUGCGCACGCCGUACGUGCUCACCCAGAACCAGUUCAUCACCGGCUGCCCCGCGAGGCGUCACCUCUUCCUGGCCAAGGAGUCCACGCUGCUCCUGGCUGUGAUGCACCUUUGCUUCGACCCCAUCCUCUACUUCUACCUGUCCCAUUCCUUCAGACAGAGGUUCACAGAGGCCUUCCAACCCAGGCGGAACAGUUCUUACACCUUGGCCCAGAACCCAGUGCAGACGCAACAGCUGUUAGCUGAGGGAGAAAUACAGGACCCUCUUCAGAGCUCGCAAUGCAAAACAGAUGAACAGGAGAAAACACUGUAGGGCAUACAGUGAGUGGGGGAACUGGAAAGUGUUUUAAACAAAGAGAGCAAGAAAGAGAGAGAGAUAACAGCCCACACUGAAAGUCACGCAAGUGUGGCGAGGAGAUGACUGCGCCAGACUGACUGACAAAACCAGAAAAAAAUGUUUUGGCAUGUAUUGGUUAACUCUGUAAUUUAAUUUUUAAAACCACAGACUUCCAGUUUAAGGUUGGUGUCUCAGCAUUGUAAGAUUAUCUCCAGUGCUGCAACUGUGCCCUUGAAAUAGCAGCAUUAUGUGAGACGUAUUGCUGCCAAAAGAUCCUGGACAAUGCUGAAAAUAUGAAAUUAGCCAGCUGUGAAACAGACCCACAUAAGAGCCAUGGCACAUGGAACUAUGUGAGUUGAGUUUGAAUUAAUGCUUUCGUAAAAUAAAUUUAAAAUGUGCAGAUUA